AUGGAUGAAGGUGGUGUUGAUAUGGUGGAGGUGGUGGCGGUUAUGGUGUGGCCGAGAGGAGAGGGAGAGAUGAGUGAGAGAGGGUGUAAUCUUUGUAAGGGGAAGGUUUUAAAUCGGAUGAUUAUGGGAAAGGUUGGGAACGGGGCUGAUAUCUGUUUUUGGAUAGACACUUGGGUAGGCGAUCUUCCUUUUAUGGAAAGAUGGCUAUAUUUGUUUGUUUUGGAUGCGUGCAAAUCUAGCAGGGUUAAGGAUAGAAUUGACACGGGACAUGGAAAUGGCGGUCUUUCAUGGAAUUGGGCUAAACAACCAGAGACUGAUACACAGCUUAGAGAAUGGCAGGAACGUCAAGAUAUGAUCAGCAUGGUGAGAUUGUCCAAUGAUACAGAUUCAUGGAGGUGGAACAAUGACAGUCAGGAAGGUUUAGCGGUUAAAUCUGUGAAAAAGUUCUUAAUUGUUGAUAGAGGAAGUAGCCAACUCCCUAACAUCGAAUGGUGCAAAUGGGUUCUCAUCAAAUGUAAUAUUAUGGCUUGGAGAAGUAACUUGGACAGGCUUACUACUAGAGUAAAUUUGAGAAGAAGGAAUGUGAAUAUUACUACGGUUAUGUGCUCUUUCUGUGACGAAUACGAGGAGUAUGUGGAUCAUUUAUUCACGGUUUGCUCGGUGGCUAUUCGGGUGUGGAUGGCCGUCAGUGUGUGGUGCAACAUCCCUCCAAUAUUCGCUUUCAGAUUCAAAGAUUUAAUGGAUAUUCAUAAUUCUCUUCAGAUUGGCAAGAAAACGAAAAAGAUUAUUCUUGGCCUGGUUAUUAUUACGUGUUGGUAUAUUUGGAAAGGUAGGAACAAAUUGGUGUUCAAACAGAUCAGGAGAAGUUCUCAAGAUAUUUUGGUAGAGAUUAAGCUAGCGUUUGGUAUGAAGGAAUAG